GCAAGCAAGGUGACAGCAUGUGCUUGACGCGUGCCUCACACGAUUUCCAAUUUUUUCUUCGAUUUAUCUUUAUCUAUCCUUCACCGUUUCUCUGAGUUUUCCACUACCGCGCUUCCCUUGUACUUGGAAAAACCCUCACCGGAAUCUCUUCAGAACUCCGAUCUUCGCCAACACCUUUUUACCGCUCUCUUUUUAGUGCAAAGAAAUGUAUAAUAACUUGGGAGCCCAGCCUGGGGUGCCAAGACCGCCAACAAAUCCUCAGCCAAAUCCAUUUGAUAAUGCAUUUUAUGGGGCUGGUUCUGGUCUUAUCCGAGGUGGUCUGGGUGCAUAUGGAGAGAAAAUUUUGGGAUCAAGUUCAGAGUAUGUGCAAAGCAAUAUAAGUAGAUACUUCUCUGAUCCCCAGUACUACUUUCAAGUGAAUGAUCAGUAUGUGAGAAACAAAUUGAAGGUUGUUUUACUGCCAUUUCUGCACAGGGGCCAUUGGACAAGAAUAACUGAGCCAGUAGGUGGCAGGCUUUCCUAUAAACCCCCAAUUUAUGACAUAAAUGCACCAGACUUGUACAUCCCAUUUAUGGCUUUCGGUACCUAUGUUGUUCUUGCUGGAUUGUCACUGGGCCUUCAAGGGAAGUUUAGCCCUGAAGCACUUAACUGGCUGUUUGUUAAGGGAUUGUUUGGCUGGUUUCUGCAAGUCAUGCUGCUGAAAGUAACAUUACUAUCAUUGGGUAGUGGUGAGGCACCUUUACUUGACAUUCUUGCAUAUGCUGGGUAUACUUUUACAGGAAUAUGUUUGCCUGUCCUUGGAAGGAUCAUAUGGAGAUACUCCUACUACUUUUUGAUGCCAUGGACAUGCUUGUGCAUGGGAGUCUUCUUGGUGAAGACGAUGAAGAGAGUCCUAUUUGCAGAGAGAGUCGAUGAGCUCUAUUGCUGUGGGUUGAAGGAAAUUAAAGCGAUCCAACUGGGGCAAUGCAAGCAUCCCUCAUGAUGUUAUACGCCCCGAAAAUCGGUUGUGGGACAGUCAAAGUUCUCAACCUCGCAGGAAGCUUGCAACUAACAUAAUGGAGCCAAGCUCUAAUGUCUGCAGCUUCCAUAAUCCAUUACUGCAAGGAAUUCAGCCUGAAAAGCCAUUAUUUGACAAGCUCAUGUGAGUAAAAUCUUCUUAGUUCAGAAAUCCCGGUAGGGAUCUAACCGGAGAGGUCUAUUCUUUCAACCUUCUUCAAUCCAUGGAUCCAUACCGAGAUGCUGCCAGUGAAAAUUUGCCAUUGUAAUGAUAUAGCAUUGUCAAUGGCUUCCCAUUUCUUAUUAGAACUUUUAUCCCCUUCUUUAUCCAAUUGUAAUGAUUCAUAUUUGUUUAUUUCGCGUUAUAA